CACGCUCCAUCGUGAUUCGUGAUAGACGUUGCUCCGCAAGGUAACAACGAUCGUUCGAACCAUGACAUGCACACCCGUCCCUACCGUGAUAAUGUCCAAAAUGCACGCUGUUUUAAUUAAAGACGGGCAGGGUCCCAUUGAGAACCUCUACAUUGGGGAGACAGAUAAGCCGGUCCCAACGAAGGGACAGGUUUUGGUAAAGAUUGUCGCAUUCGGCAUUAAUAGCAUGGACCAUUAUCAGCGUCAGGGCGCUUCCUACAUUCUCGGUGUGGAAUUCUCUGGACGUGGAGUAACAAGAUGGGCUGUUGGUGAUGAAGUAUUUGGUCUCGUGGGCGGCGGAGCUUAUGCGGAGUUCGUAAACUGUGACGAAGGACUCUUGUUGAAGAAGCCCGGUCACUUAUCUUGGGUGGAGGCAGCCAGCAUACCAGAAAACUAUAUUACAGCCUAUCAAGCUCUCGUGAAGUACGGGGAAGUCAAGAAGGGCGAUCAUGUACUCGUCCAUGCAGGCGCUUCGGGUGUAGGCAUUGCGGCUAUCCAAAUGGCAAGAGCAUUAGGAGCGACAACCGUUACUGCAACGGCGUCUACCACAGCAAAACUCGAUUGGCUGCGAUCUAUUCCUAACGGGGCGACACAUACUGUCAAUUACAAAACUGAAGACUUUGCCGCGGAAGGUGUCGAUGUUGUCAUAGAUUUCGUUGGACAAAGUCAUUGGGCCAAGAAUGUGGAAUCCCUCGCCAUUGAUGGUAGGAUGACGAUAUUAGCUACUUUGAGUGGGAGCGAGGUCCCCGCGGUCAACCUUGGCCCGAUCCUUUACAAGCGUCUCCGCAUUCAAGGUUCUACGCUGCGUUCCCGUAGUCUCCAGUACCAGACCGAGCUCAUCUCAAGCUUAAAUUUCCGUGAUAUAAUCGAUAAGGUGACUGGCGCCAACGGAGGUGGCCCGAUGCGGACUUACAUUCACAAAGUGAGUACAUUCUUCUGCUCUUCUCAUCCCGUCAGACACGGACGUACAACUCCACAGGUGUAUCCUUGGGCAGAAAUCCAAAGUGCUCAUCACGAGAUGGCCGACAAUAAGAAUAGCGGGAAGAUCGUUGUUGAAGUUCAAUAGAAACCCCGCUUGCACUAGGCGUCGAUGCUGAUGCUGCACCUGCUUCGCUUUCAUUCUUGGCCUUUUCCUUGUGGCGUUCUGUGUGAGGUGUUAGUGGUGAGGUGAACGUGGGAACCUCAGGUGCUUUCUUAGUAAUAUCAGUCUGCGCGCCUAGUGGAAAUAGAUGUCAGGCAAGCCCAUUUUCCGUUUGCUCCGACUGUAUUGUUCUGAAGACUUCCCCACUCAAAGUACUCCCACGUGUAAUCUUUCUCGUAAAAAUGACUGCUAAUCCCAUGUGAUUCUACUGUCAA